AUGGUGACAACCCGGUUGUCUGGUGAACUGCGCAACGCCGUCUACAAGUACUUCAUCGACCUCGACCCAUCUCUUGACGAGAGCAUCCAGUUCCUCCAAGUCAAUCGGCAGAUCCGCUCCGAAUUCGGGUCACUAUACUUGAGUCAGGCCAACGCUAUAGUACCUCUUGACUGCCUCAAACCCUUCCUGCGCGACACCUUCCAGCCUAUCGCUAGCCAGAGACCAAAGGACUUCACUUGCAGCUUCCUUGUACAGCUCGACUGGAACGAUCUCUGUUGGCACAGGAGCUUCUGGGACCUCGACCUCUUUGAAACUGUCGCAUUCAUGCGUGGAUAUCCUUUACUCGAAAUUCAGUGGGAGCUGGACCCUAAUGCCCGCUUUAGACGCUCUAAUCGCUCCAACCACUCUGCCAACUCCGGCCGUCGCGACCGCUCCGACGUACCUGAAGAAGAAGAAAGAACCGAAAUUGACGACGAAGACCAAGACCAAGACGAACCUGAUGAGACAGGGUCUGAGAAAUCACAACCUGAGGAGUCAGAAUCGGAGGAAGCAGACUCUGAGGAAGAAGAGAUAGCGAUUCCGAGUCAUUCUGCUCGAGUCACUUUCAGUGUUGACGAUAUAGACAUCGACGCGCCCCUGUCAAUACUCAGAAAUCUGGAGGAUGCGUUGUACGCGAAGUUGGCUGCUAUUGAUCUGUCUUUAUCUGUCAGGCCACCUUUAGAUGAGAAGUUCAGUGCCGGUCUAGUAGCCAACCUUGAUAUUGCUCUGAUGGCGAACUGUACGGAACAAGACUUCGAAGACUUUGGACUUGGUGUUGAAUGCGGAGGCAUCAAAGUGCGUUUUCAUAUAGCGCAUGAGCCAGAAAGCGAAUACAAUGUCUCCGAGAGUGAGGAAGAUGAAUAG